AUGGGUGUGAAAAGUGUCUUCUUAAAUGGGUACUUUAAUGAAGAAGUCUAUGUUGAACAACCCAAGGGGUUCAUAGAUACUAACUUUCUCGAUCAUGUUUACAAACUAAGGAAAGCUCUCUAUGGAUUGAAGAAAAGAGGAACAAAUAAGACAUUAUUUGUUAAAGAAGAUCAUGGUAAACUCAUGAUAACUCAAAUAUACGUUGAUGACAUUGUGUUUAGAGGGGUUCCGAACCAGAUGGUCCAACAUUUUGUCAGGCAGAUGCAAUCUGAAUUUGAAAUGAGUCUUAUUGGUGAAUUGACUUACUUUCUUGGGCUCCAAGUCAAACAAAUGGAUGACACUAUCUUUAUCUCUCAAAGAAAGUAUGCUAAGAGUAUAGUAAAGAAGUUUGGAAUGGAAAAUACUAGUCAUAAAAGGACACUUGCACCAACCCACUUGAAAUUGACUAAACAUGAAAAAGAUGUAAAUGUGGAUCAAAGUAUGUACAUGAGUAUGAUUGGUAGUUUAAUGUAUCUUACAACUAGUAGACCUGACAUUACAUUUGUUGUAGGAGUAUGUGCAAGGUAUCAGUCUGAACCCAAAAUGAGUCAUAUUACUCAAGUGAAAAGAAUCCUGAAGUACAUCGAUGAAACUAGUGACUAUGGAAUGUUGUAUUCUCAUAAUGCAAAUUCCUUACUUAUAGGAUACUGUGAUGCAGAUUGGGCAGGCAGUGUUGAUGAUAGAAAUAGCACUUAUGGAGGAUGUUUCUUCUUGGGAAAUAAUCUUAUAUAUUGGUUCAUCAAGAAGUAA